CUGUGAAGCAUCCCGAGCCAGCAGGGGCUCAAUCCAGGUAUGGAGCCUAAAUGAGGACCGGUUUGUGGAGCCCGUUGAGACGCUAGACUGUAACCAAGCAGCAAGAUUUGAGUGUGACGCGCGUCCGUGGAUCUUGCAGCGGGCCUAGGACUCAUUGACGAUCCUGCUUUGUACCCGGGCGUGAACCCGGCGCCCGCGUCGUUUUCCGCCCUCCGGUGAAUCAGAUUUCCGUUCCGCGUCCCUGCCGCUCUGACUCAGUAGCGGCAUGAUGGCUGAGGGCGGCGGACCCGAGUCGGGUAAUGGGGCUGAGCCCGACCCGGAGCCGGUGUCCGUUGAGACGACUGUUCCUCCACCUGAAACUCAAAAGGACAGCAUCGGGACACUUCUGAAGACCGCACUGCGGAAGGGCGAUGAAUGGUUCUUAGUUGACAACCGGUGGUUUAAGCAGUGGAAGAAGUAUGUUGGUUUUGACAGCUGGGAUUUGUACAAUGUUGGUGAGAGUAGUCUCUACCCAGGACCCAUUGACAACUCAGGGCUUUUUUCAGACCAAGAGACUCAGACACUGAAGGAGCACCUUAUAGACGAGUUGGACUAUGUUCUGAUGCCCACUGAGGCCUGGAACAAGCUUGUCAGCUGGUAUGGCUGCAUGGAAGGGCAGAACCCCAUUGUUCGCAAGGUGGUUGAACAUGGUAUGUUUGUGAAACACUGUAAAGUGGAGGUCUACCUAUUGGAAUUAAACCUGUGUGAGAAUAACAAUAUGGACAAUGUGGUGACUCGCCACUUCAGCAAGGCAGACACUAUAGACACGAUUGAGAAGGAAAUGAGGUCACUGUUUGGUAUCCCAAAAGAUCAGGAGACACGAUUGUGGAAUAAAUAUAUGAGUAACACGUAUGAACAGUUGAAUAAGCCAGACAGCACUGUCCAGGACGCUGGCCUCUUCCAAGGCCAGGUGCUUGUGAUUGAGACGAAAAACGAGGAUGGUACCUGGCCUAGGCAGUCGACACAUACCAAAUCCAGCACCACCACGUCUCGCAACUUCACCACAUCCCCAAAGCUUUCUUCUAACUCUUCAGCCACCAUCUGCUCUACUGUGACCAACGGGGAUAGCAGCAGCACAGGAUUCUCGCUGAAUAACAGCACCUCCGCUGGAAACAGGUUGGGUGGCUAUAACUCUUAUAGCUCCUCUUACAACUACAGAGAGGUUCAGUCUCAGCCUGGCCUGUGUGGCCUCAGUAACCUUGGCAACACCUGCUUUAUGAACUCCGCCCUCCAGUGCCUAAGUAAUGCGCCGCCCUUGACGGAAUACUUCCUAAAUGAUCUGUACGAAGCUGAGAUCAACCGGGAGAAUCCACUGGGCAUGCGGGGGGAGAUCGCAGAGGCCUAUGCCGACCUAGUGAAGCAGAUGUGGCAGAGCCACAGUAGUCAUGUGGCGCCACGCAUGUUCAAGACACAGGUGGGCCGAUUUGCACCCCAGUUCUCAGGGUACCAACAGCAGGAUUCCCAGGAGCUGCUGGCUUUCCUCUUGGAUGGACUCCAUGAGGACCUGAACCGGGUCAAGAAGAAGCCUUAUGUGGCCCUGAGCGAUGCCGACGGUCGUCCUGAUGAGGUCGUUGCAAAGGAAGCUUGGACAAACCAUCGUCUUCGUAACGAUUCCAUCAUUGUGGACAUCUUCCAUGGCCUGUUCAAAUCGACACUGGUCUGCCCUGAGUGCUCCAAGAUUUCUGUCACCUUUGACCCCUUCUGCUACCUCACUCUGCCCCUUCCAAUGAAGAAAGACCGUACCAUGGAGGUAUUCCUGGUUCGCAUGGAUCCCCAGUCUAGGCCAAUGCAGUACAGGGUGGUGGUAGCCAAGCUGGGUAUAGUGGGAGACUUGUGCAACGCCUUGUCCAAACUGUCUGGAGUUCCUGCAGAGAAUAUGGUGGUAGCUGAUGUUUACAACCACCGUUUCCACAAAAUUUAUAAGUGGGAUGAUGCCCUUAACCACAUAAUGGAGAAGGAUGAUAUAUUUGUCUAUGAGGUGGAGGGGGACUUGGGGGAGCGGGUCAACCUGGCGGUCUACUUUAGGGAGAGGUACUCGAAGUUGUCCGGCGGUUCCUCGAGCACCAUGCUGUUUGGGCAGCCCCUGCUCCUUACCGUACCCCGGCAGAACCUCCCCAUGGACGUACUGUACGAGAAGGUGCUGGACAGGAUCUCCCGCUAUGUGAAGCAGCCUCACGGCUGCGUGCCUGAGCGGAAGGCCUCGGCCUCCACAUCCAGCAGCAGCAGUAGCAGCAGCAGCAUCCAGGCAUCCAUGGGAGCCAGUCGUGGGGCGGAGCUAUCAGAUGGGCCGACCUGCAGCGUGGGCUCUGCUGGCCUUUGCACACAAGAGCAGGAAUCUCGUCCCUGCAAUGGCCCCAAUGGGCUGUGUGAAGGAGAGGAGGAAGCCAUGGAUCAGCAGGUGAGCCUUGAGCAGGACAACAGCCAGUCAGACUGCUCCGUAGGGGAAGAAGAUGGUGCAGAUGUUGAGGACUGUCUAACUGGCAACCUGCCUAAGAAGAGUUGUUCUCGGCCUAAACUGUUUUCAAUCAGCCUGGUGAACUCGUAUGGAACAACCAAUAUCACUCCUCAGCCUUGCGAUGGAAACCUCCUCAAAUUGAACACACAUUCCACAGUGGCCCUAGACUGGGAUUUGGAGAUGAAGAGGCAAUACUAUGACGACCAGGAGGCAGAGGCUUAUGAGAAGCAUGAGAGCAUGCCGCAGCCUCAGAGAAAACGAACCAGCGUGGCCUUGAAGGACUGCAUAGAACUCUUCACCACCAAUGAGACUCUGGGCGAGCACGACCCCUGGUACUGCCCCACUUGUAAGAAGCACCAACAGGCUAACAAGAAGUUUGACCUGUGGUCCCUGCCUAGAAUCCUGGUAGUCCAUUUGAAACGCUUUUCCUACAAUCGCUGCUGGAGGGACAAGCUGGACACUGUGGUGGACUUCCCCAUCAGGGACUUGAACAUGUCCGAGUUUGUGUGUGAUCCAAAGGCAGGCCCCUAUGUCUACGACCUUAUUGCAGUGUCCAACCAUUACGGCGGAAUGGGAGGAGGCCACUACACAGCCUAUGCCAAGAACAAAAUCGAUGGGAAGUGGUAUUACUUUGAUGACAGCAGCGUUUCAUCAGCCACUGAAGACCAGAUUGUGACAAAGGCUGCAUACGUGCUCUUUUACCAGCGACGAGAUGAGGAAGCUCCCUCAAAGUCUCCCCCUUCAGCCUCCCUGGGCGGGGCUCCUGACUGUGGGGACGAUCACAUGGACACCAACUGAGGGGCUCGGCAUGGGGCCGUGCUCGCAGCAGCUUCCACUGCCUCGGACCCUCAUCUCCAACCACGUUGCCCAUCUGUUGCUUUCCAGUUUUUAGAUCUUCUUCACAUGCAUCGAUGACGUUUUGAUGCAUUAUCUAAAAGACUCCAUCUUUUGGAGCCCACGGGCUACAGAAGUGUCAGCCUGGUCGUGGUGUUAAGAGUACACAGGGAUGUCGACCUCACUGGACCACCAGAAUGUUUUAAAAAAAACAUAGCAAUUCUUUUAUGUGCUAUAGGUAUCUGGAGAGAAUAAAAUAAGCCAAAUGCA